CUUUCCUAUUAAAAAAAAAAAAAUUGGUGAGGCUUCCUGUUUCCGUCUCUGGGCCCAUGUGCGCUGGGUAGAGAGAAAAGAUCAGUGGGUGUUUUCUUCUAACCCUGUGUGGUCAGUUCCCUUUUUAGCCUGGGUCCCUCUCAUAGCCUGGCUCUCAGCUGACUCGAGCGUUCCUGGGAAGUUCUGGAAGGUAGCAUGAGCUUGAGAAGAUGGGAGUGGUGUCUAGCUGCGGAACUGCUGCUGCUGCCUCUGUUGCUCCUGGCGACCAACACUCAAGAUCAUUUGACAAGCGCGAUGACCGUGGUCUCUGGCAGCAACGUGAGUCUGCAAAUCUCCGAGGGCCUGCCUGAUAACUACGAACAACUAACCUGGUUUUACACCAUCGACCAGAAGAUUGUAGAAUGGGAUUCCGGCAAAUCUAAGUACUUUGAUUCUAAAUUUAAAGGCAGGGUCAUGCUUGAUCCUCAAAGUGGUGCCCUGAAUAUUUAUAAUGUCCAGAAAGAGGACAGCAGCACCUACCUCAUGAGGGUGUCAAAUGCCACCGGAAAGGAGCAAGAGUGGAAGGUCCUACUGGAGGUGCUUGACCCUGUACGCGCGCCUGUCAUAAAAAUUGAGAAGACAGAGGAAACGAACAACAUCUGUUAUCUGAAACUGUCAUGUGUGAUAUCUGACCAGUCUGUAAACUGCACCUGGUACGGGGACUCGGGGCCCUUCUCAGAGGCAUGCCAGAACAGUGCGCUUGAGCUGAGGGUACCUGAGCCACAAAAGUACUCCAAGUUUUACACCUGCCAAGUCAGCAAUCCUGUGAGCAGCAAGAAUGACACAGUCUAUUUCACUCCACCUUGUACCCUGGGUAAGAAAUAUCCCUUAGGCACCUGGAGUGGGCACAGGGUAACUAGUUUUCUUUUGAAUGAAGAAAGGUGUGGGCGUCCUACUCAGCCUCCUGGCACAGAAUAUUGGUGGAGUAUCUCCAAGGUGUCUGGGAGAGCGAGAGACUAGAGUUCCGCUGCCGUCUCUGCCACCACCCGUCAGCCGGUUCACCUCACCUCUACAGAGCUCGCUGUCCUCAUCUGCAAAGGGCAUUUGGCAGAGGAUCUCUGAUACGCCUUCCUCCUCCCCCACUCUAAAAAAGCAUAGUCCUACGCUCUGAGGCCGGCGUAAUUGCAGGACGGUCGGAGACAUCAUGGUGAGCAGGGAGAAAAAGGACAAGUGCCUAGAGGGUUUCCAGUCCACAGCCCGAGUGAGCCAAGGAAAGAAGGACCAAGGAGAUGGGCAUGAGGGAGGCCCGUGAGCAGCAGUGAGGGCCUUAGACUCAGGGGGAGACUCUCCUCCACAGGCAUAUGCUCCUUGGUGAAGUUGGAAAGACAGAGCUCUCUGUGUGUCCUGGGAGGAUCCACUCGCUGGAGCAUCACUCCUGGCUCUAGGUCAGCCUACACUGGUGCUAGAGUGGGACAGGUCAUAGGUCUUAGAGUCAGUGACACCAGCAAUCAAUCCUGGGAUUGUCACUUGCAAUCGUAGCUAACAAGUUACUUAGCUUCUCCAAGCCUUGUUCCUCCUAAAUAAAAGGCAAAACAACAGUUCUUAUCUCACGAUGUUUCCCUUAUCUCAUGGUGUUGGCCUCUGCUCCCACACGCGGACUAUGGAGCUGCAUGCUCUUCCUUAUUCUUCC